AUGCGGUUUGCUGUUUCUUCGUUGUAUAAUUAUUUGCUGUCAAUGACCCUUACCAUAUUAAGGGACGGCCCCAGAAUGACUUUGAAGAAUGGGUGGCUUGAGAGGAACUUGUUGGCAGCUUUAACAUUAAGCGUUAAAGAUGAAGAUGAAGAAGAUGAUGACUUGGAUGAAGAGGAGUGGGUAUUUGUUCUGUUUUUCUCUUGA